GACUGCUGAAACAUACAGUAUGACCACUUUUAAUCACCACAACUUAAGAGGGAAGGUUGUGUGCCACUGAUCAAGUCAAAGGAUGUUGUUUCACAUGGAAAUGCAAAGAUUGAAUGUUACUGGAGGUGAUAUCAGUAAAGAACCGUCAGAAAGUGGAAUAUUCCGGCACGUGAGGUUUCCCCGUCAAAGGUGCUUGGUAGUGCUCGUGCUCCUGUCUGUGUGGGUUCUAAUGAUCUUCCUGGUAACCAACCUCGUUACUCUUCAUACAAGCCUGACUCCUUUUUGGCAACUAGGAGGACAGGGUGAAACUCCAUAUACCAAUAAUAGCGAGAGGGAGUUUUUUUCACCAUAUCAUGUAGCUUACCCACAGAGCUACCAGUUUAUCUUAGAUGAGCCUGAUGAGUGUCAUGACCAGAGCCCCUUCCUGCUUCUCAUGGUCCCAGUUGCUCCUGGUAACCUAGUAGCCAGGGAGGACAUCCGGAGGACUUGGGGUAACGAGAGCAUGGUUUUGGGCCAGGCAGUGCGUCUCUUCUUCCUGCUGGGCCUGCCCAGUGGAGAGGGGGCAGAGAGGUUGCAGGAGGAGGUGCUGCUGGAGAGCCGACAAUACCAUGACCUGCUUCAGAGUGACUUCAAGGACAGCUAUUUUAACCUGACUAUCAAGACCAUGGUGAUGCUAGAGUGGCUGGCCUCUCGCUGCUCCGGUGCCUCUUUUGCCAUGAAGAUCGACUCUGACAUGUUUCUCAACGUGCACAACCUGGUCCACAUGUUGAUAGACCCAACCACACCGAAGAGCAACUUCAUCACCGGGAAAUUCAGUCUGAACAAUCGAGCGGUGAGAGAUCGCACCUCAAAGUGGUACAUUCCCGCAAAGGUUUACCCUAACAGCAAAUUCCCUCCCUAUCUUUUGGGAAAUGGCUAUGUCUUUUCCAUCGACCUUACUCAGAAAAUAGUGGAAGCUUCCAAACAUGUCCGUGCCAUAUUUUUAGAGGAUGUCUACCUGGGAAUGUGUUUAAAACAUUUAAGGGUUGUAGCCAGUAACCCGCCCAGCUCAACCCUUUUUAAGCUUUCUAUGCCCUACAUUCACAAUCGCUGUCACUACUCUACUGUCAUCACAACUGAAAUGGACCACGUCAGUGACCUACUGAGAGUCUGGCAGGACUUACAGAGUCCUGGCACGUCCUGCUAAGACCAUUAACACGCGUUAGUGUAAAGCGUUUAAUCCUUAUAUCAUAAACACUAUCAUUUAAAAGGAUAAGCAAAAUCCACCUACGUUAUUAAGCAGAAAUUACAAUUACAACACAACAAGAGAAUGUUCUUACUAUAACAGCAUUACUACACUUAAGUAGAAUAGUAAAAUACUGUGUCUGAUGAGGGAGGGGCCUGAUAUAAUAAUGGCAAUGUCAAUGACGGUGGGUAAUUAGGUAUUUGGAGGAAAAUAAUAGCUUCAUGGAAUAGCUGUUGAUGGUAUGUCACUGAUGAUGCACCACGUGGCCUGGUUGACAAGGUGACAUAGUGAUAAAGAUUUCUCUAUCAUUUCUGAAGGAUGCAGCUCCCUCAGACUAGGCACUGCCGAGUCAACCGGAGCUAUCCAAACAAAACUGAGGCAGCAGGUAGCCUAGCGAUUAGAGCUUUGAGCCAUGAACCAAAGAUUUUCAGGUUCUGAAUCCUGAGCCCAGACGGUGACCUGUUGAUCUGCUCUUGAUCAAAGCAAUGGACUGUAUUGCUCCGGGGUUCUGUCAAUACUGGCUGAUGCCUGUCUGUCACCCCACUCUCAAGGGAGCUAAAAUAUUCAAAACACGCACAUUACCAAUUCACAUAAAGGAACGUGAACACUUCCAUCUGUGUGUGUGGACAGUGCUUAAUGUGAACACUUCCAUCUGUGUGUGUGGACAGUGCUUAAUGUGAACACUUCCA